CCAUCCAGUCCAAAAGGCUGUGUGAGUACUAUUCCUGUUGUUCCUUCAGAUAACACGACAUGUUUUGUCUUGAUGCCUAACUAGCUUUCGUUUCUUUGUUUCAGGUAUGACAUAUCUACGGGGAUUUCAAAGUAAGUUGACGUCAAAUAAACUAACAGUAUUUGUCUUCAUUGCUUCCUUCGGUAACGCUCCCGAAUUGACUAUUUUUUCAGACUGAACAUACAGAAGACACUCAGAAUACCGAAUAGACCAGACCAAGGAGGUACACUCGGCAAGAAAGUCAAAGUCACUUCAAACUGUUGGGAUUUGACAUUUCAUCACAAAACGGCAUAUCUCUAUUUUGUGGAAGCCAACUCAGUUCAUCGAUUGGAAGCUAAGGAGGGCAGUAAAACUGAGAUAAGAAUGCCACCUAAAGAGUUGAGAUCUUUAAUUCAGCAGGUAGCUGACUCUUUACCAGAUACGAUCAUAUACGAUGGCGGUCACGCCAUAUACUCUGAAGAUCCGUUACCUGGUGUCACAACGGACCCCGUAGAAAGACAGAUUGAGAUCAAGGAGCCGUUUGGUCGGGACCGCCUUCUUCUGAAGUACCGGAUUAUGGAAGUGCAGAAGGUAUCUAGUUCCGACAUCAGCCAUUUCAUAACGAAUCCGAAAGCGACCUCUAUGAACAUGCCUCAGGAAUGUAUCAGAUUGUUAGACUGCAUCUUGAAGACGGUGUCAAAGCAGUCGUUUGUAUCCCUUGGACGCUCAGCCCUAUUUCAGCAAACACCAAUUAAAGUGGUUAUGGAUAAGCUUUUUACUAUUCAUAAGGGUUUCAUCAGUAGUGUGCGACCCCAGUGGAAAGUUCGUGUCAACUUGGAUAUGACGUGCAAGGCCUACUUUGUAUCCGGGAAUCUAGCGGACGUCAUGUAUUCGAAGUAUGGAGACGAUAUGGUUAGAUGUAGCACUCAAAUGGCAUACGACUUGAGAAAGAUACGAGUUGAGACUGAUAAAUUCUACAAGAGCGAUGAUGGACGUGCAUAUUCCCGACGCUUCACCGUGCACGGGAUAUCAUCACUACCAGCCGAUCGUUUGAUGAUUGAGGAGUUGAACCAGUCCGUGGCUGAAUAUUUCAAGCAGCACCAUCAUAUCACUCUGAAGUAUCCAGAACUGCCCUGUGUGAAGGUUGAUCAAAAGCGUGAAGUGUAUAUGCCGAUGGAACUGUUAAACAUUUUGCCAUAUCAAGCUCCUAAUGCGAGUAAAGCCGAUAUUGCGAGUGAAGUUAUCCGUUGUGCAGCAAUUCGACCACAGGAGCGCUUCAGAGAGCUGGAGAAUUUUGCUAAUAAUAUGCUGAAGUCCCAUCCACUGAUCAAACAAUUUGGUUUGGCGAUUCAACCGAGGCCAGUGGAAGUUAACGCACGCGUUAUCCAACCGCCAACUGCUGGUUUUGGUCGUUCCGGUGUACAACAGCUGACGGCAGGUAGUUGGAGCACGCCUGGCUUUCUUCACCCUGCCGGCGAAGGAGUAGAAAUAAUGUGGGCUGUACUUAGCAUUCCACCUAAUCAGCGGUCUCAUGGUCAUGUUCAGAAGGUGAUAUCGGAAUUGCCUAGAGCGGCCAGUCGCUUUGGUGUUCGGUUUAGCCCUCGACCGAUUGUGGCACAGUGUCCGAGAGGAGAACUUAACAGGAGGUUCGAGGAGUUUUCCAGACAAGGCUGUGGCUUCUUACUUCUCAUCUUGUACGAUGAACAUUUCUACUCAUCGAUUAAACGUCUGAGUGACCUACAAAUGGGGAUUCGGACUCAAUGUGUACGAGCUCGUACUCUGGACAAACCGAACGUUUUCCCGAACCUGUUACUCAAACUGAAUGGGAAACUCGGCGGUGUGAACUGGCGAAUUCCUGACCUAAUUAAGGACAGUCAAGAGUUGGUUAUGGUUUUCGGAGCCGAUGUCACUCAUCCUGCGCCUACACAAACUCAUCAGAUUCGAAAGUCAGUAGCUGCUGUUAUCGGCAGUGUUUCACCCGAUCUUAUGAGAUACGGGGUAGUUAUCCGUCAGCAGGCAACCACAGAAAAGGGGAAUAAGGCAGCGAGAGAAAUAAUCGAUGAUAUGCGUCUCAGUGUCAAGGAGCUACUCCAGCUUUACCUGCGUAACACGAACGGGCGUUUCCCGACGCGCAUGAUAUUCUAUCGCGAUGGAGUUUCGGAGGGCCAGUUCGAAAAUGUGCUGGUGGAGGAGCUGUGUGCAAUUCAACGGGCUUGUGCAGAUGUUCGUCCUGGCGAAGAGCCUGCUAUCACUUAUAUUGUUGUGCAAAAGCGUCACCAUAUUCGAUUUAGACCAUCUGACCCCAGGGCAAGAAACGUGGAGCCGGGACGGUGGUUGAUACAGAUAUCACGCAUCCCAGGGAAUUUGAUUUCUACCUCUGCUCUCAGGAAGGGAUUCAG